UAGAGAAGUUUACAUCAAUUUUUACGCGGACGAAGUCGCGGGCGUCCGCUAGUGAUUCAUAAAGUCAUAACCUCUUGGAAAUAAUAGACGAUAAUAAUAUGUAUGUAGUUGUAUUAUCUAUAUAGGUAAUAACUUGUUGUAAGUUUUGAACUGACUGAUUUAUGAAUACACAACAAAACUGAAAUGAAACGUCGGUGUCAUAAUGAGAAGUAUAGUAGUAAGUAUAUAGGAUAAACAAGUAAGUACUUUGUUUUAAGUAAGUACAUAAUAUAGUAAUCUUUUCUUUUGGCCGACACUUACUAUUUAGAUUAAAAUCGAUGUAGUUCUACUAAGCAAGGAUUUUCUUAUAGUUUUAUCGGCAAGCCCUUCAAAACACGGCAAUAUUUGGCAGCAGACAUUAGACGGAAAAUGUUUCUACGAUGUCAAUGUCCGUCCAUUAUCAGGUCUCUGUUUAUAAGAGAGAGUGAUUAGAAGCUUACCCACCAUGCUGCUUUAAUGCCGUUUCGCGGACUUAGGGUUAAAAAAAUAGAUAAUGACUGAGAUUGAUUUAACGUGCUCUACAAGGCAUGGGGGUGUCCAUCGUUACCUGCUGGGCUAAACUGAUUUUCUAGGAGAAAAGGAAAGCUCAGUAUUUCAGUUAUCGAACCAAGGACACCGUGAUUCGAAACCACAUUCGCUAAUCACUGGACCAAUGAGGUAUGCAGGUAUGUCCGCUAUAGACUUUGAAACCAUCCAAUCGGCAGACGAGUUUCAUUACAAAACCAAUACUAAUAGAGCCUGGAACGCCAUACAUAAUUAGGCUGAUAAUUUUACUAAUGGCAAGAGAAUGAAGCAAUAAUGGAGUUUGGAAUAAAUGGAUUUUGAAGGUUUGAAGGGUUGACAUCCUCAAUCGUCCUAUAACACCUAUGCCAAAAAAAGUAUAAGUAAAUAAUAAUAAUAAUAAUUUUUAAUAAAAGGCAAAAAACCCAAUACAAAAUAUGUUUAGUCUUAGCUUAGGUCUAUAAUAAUAUAUUAUGCAUAGUCUUAAGCCUAGAAAAACUACGUCUAACUGGAAUGGUUAAUAAACCCAAUCCAAUUCCAACAUGUUUUUUCCUACAGAGAUUGAAGAUGAUUGAAGAUACAGACAGACAGGUAGACAAAAAAUUAGAAAAAAAAUGUUGUGAUGUUGAACCACAUAUUUUAAAAUUAAUUUUAUUUAUACGUAUUAAAUUAUUGAUGAUACAUAAUAUGAAUAUUGUUUCAAGAACAAAUAAACAAACAAACGGAAUUUCAUCAAUCAAUCAAUCUGCUAAAUAAUGCAAAUUAUCUCUUUUAUCCACAGGCCACCUAUUGCAUGCUUUUAUCAUUUAGUUAGCGUGGUGGGUUUUCCCAAGAGGAAGAUUUGUUAACGGAUCUAAGUUAUUUAUUAUCAACGACAUUAUACUGUACUUACAUAUUUGUUAUUUAUUUAUUUCAUUGUUUGGGUAAUUUUAACGGACAAGUUAAUACGAAUAUCAUUGGUACCAAAACAAAUAUCAGGACGGUACCAUGUGUGUGUUUAUGUUUUUAGCAACCUAGCUCCAAAGCAAGCAAAAGAGAAAACAACGCAAUGAUUUUCAAAAAUACAAACAAUUUCACGUUUACAUUCCCAGAGUUGUUAUGUGGAUCCAAAAAGAAACCAUAAACUAUAAAAAAACAUAGCUUUACACAAUGCAAACUUUUUUCCAAUAACAACUAUUUUUGUACCAACCGAAAAUAAAACAAUCAAUUGUAGAUAAAAUUCAAACAAAGCUGUCAAACAAGCGACGCAUAUAUCUAUUCCCAAUCAAUGAUAAAACCAAUCAUGGAAAAAAUUUAAAACUACAAAAAAGAACGAUUUUAUGUUGGCGCGGUGUUUGGGAAGCUAUGGAUGGAUCACCAAUUCUACAGUACCCUGUGCACCGAUAUCAGGGAAACGCGUAAAUAACAACAGAAAGUUGUUGAAAUCGUUGGUGCUAGCCACGCACGCUAUCGACAGAAUCGCCGUGGAGAUGUACACGCCUGAGGAGAUGCGCUGGCAGAAAACUCUACUAGGACACACGGUCAUGUUUGCCAGCGCGCUGGUGGUGGUGGGCGUGUGGUGGCUGGUGAAGACCGCGCUGGCGCUGCUCAUCAACCUCGUGUGUCCCAUCCUCGUCGUCGUGCUCGCUGUGGUUUGCGUCCCGCAAUUACGCGUCCCUCUGCUGGGACAAAACUACCCUCUUCUUGCGAACAUUCUGAGAAGUAUCCUGCUGAAAUUGGCCGAAAACAUUAAAGUGUAAACGUUGAAGGAAUAUAGACUAUCGUGGUUUUUGUAGAACAGAAAUAAUUUGGCCUGUGCCGUGACGUGGUAAAACCACUCUUCUUUUGCGAUACGAAGCUUUAUUCCGGUCCUGAAUCGGAUAAGCAAUUACAAAAAAGAGUAAAAUCAUUGUAAGAUUUACUGAAACAUCCAUGUAAAUAAAUACAGUUUCUUCUAAUAA